AUGGGUCGCAGAAAAAUUAUGCGUACAGCAGCUGAAGGAGAGUGUAUAAAAAAAAGUCGGCGUGAACAAGAAAAGGAAAGAAUACGUCAUCGAAGAGUCGCGAACAUUCAGUUACAAAAUCCAAACGUCAACGAUGUUCCAUUUUCAGAUCGUCUUACAACAACAAAUAUUGCUAUCAAUAUAGAAAGCGCAGAUGUAAGAACUUUAGAAACUGUAAACCGCCCUUUAAGUCCCACUUCUUACGAUUUCGUUCACAAUUUAAUAAAUAAUCCGGGAACAUCUAAUAAUUCAUCGUCUUCAUUUACAUUUAUAGAAAAUGAUCCUGAAAACAACGUUACUAUUCACGAUGCUUCAUUACCAUCGGAAUCUCCAUCACAAAAAAAUUCUUAUUCAUCGGUUAAUUCAUCAUUACCUACAACUACCGAAUACCGCUUUCAAACUUUUGACCAUGAUUACUGUUCUUCUUCAAUAUUAAAUUGUAAUACGGCUCGUAUGUCUUUUGCGGCUACAAAUUCAUCUCCUUUACCAUCUGAAGAUUUUCCUAAUCAAUAUUUUAGCUCUGAUCAUGAUUAUUGUGAAAGGUCAUGUCCGGAAUCUACGUCCACACAAUAUCGUCAAUUUGAUCAUAAUUAUAGCAUGCCGAACGAAUAUUCUGACAGUACGAUUCCAACAACCGAAAAUUUCAACGGAAAUGCUCAACCAUGGCAAAUGAAUAACAACAUUAAUAGUACACAAGAAUAUUACAUAGGUCAAAUGAAUGUAAAAUGUCGUCAUUGUAAUGCGAAACAUUUUGUUGCCGAAAAAGUAGCUAAUAAACACAAUUCUUUUAAUAACUGCUGUCGUCAUGGGGAAGUAGUCUUAGAACCACAUCCAGAAUUUCCGGAAUUAUUAAAAUCUUUAUUUUUAGGAAAUCAUACAAAGUCAAAAAAUUUUUUCGAACGCAUUAGGAAUUUCAAUAGUUCAUUUUCAUUCGCGUCUUUUAAUGCAAAUUUGACCAAUUUUUCAUCUCAAAGAUCUGGACCGUAUUGUUUUAAAAUACAAGGACAAAUUUAUUAUCAAGUGAAUACAUCAUUAUAUCCAUCCUCAAAUGAAUCUCCCAGUUAUGGACAAUUGUUUAUCAUAGAUCCAACUGAAUCAGCGCAGUAUAGAUCUGAGAGAAAUGUUGGUUGUGAUGUAGAUCUUUUACAGGAAAUUGAUUUAACACUGCGACAAUAUAACAUCUUCGCACAGUCAUAUCAGAUGAUGAAAGAUGUAUUGCAAGAUAAUUCAACAAAUAAUUCAGAUGGACAAGUAAUUGAACCUGAAUUAAAUUUACUCUUUACUCUUAAACCUGGUAUGGAUGUGCGACGUUAUAAUUUCCAGAGAGUAAAUGAAGUUGCUGCGGUGUUUUCAACUACGGCAGACGGUGAAAUUCCCGAUUCGUAUGUUACCAUUCAAAAUAAAACUACCAAAACCUUCCAAUAUCUAAGUACUAUGGAUCCAAACACUGAACCUUGGGUUUAUCCUCUUUUCUAUCCACAUGGCAAUCAAGGUUGGCACAAGUCGAUACCGUAUAAGAUUAAAACUAAUAGAACUGUAACUCGUGCGGAUUAUUAUAAAUAUAAAUUAGCAAUUAGGGACGAUUUCAAUGUAUUUCUCAUGGGACGUCGAUUAACGCAACAGUGGAUUGUCGAUAGUUAUGUAAAGAUCGAAAAAGACAGAUUGAAUUAUUGCAAAUUCAAUCAAAAGAAAUUGCGGGCUGAAUAG